AUGCUUAACACUACCACUCCUUCAAACAUAUCUGGCCUCUUUAAGUUCGCCUGUCUGUCCCUUCUGAUACCUCUAUGCUCUGCCACCAGUGUCAUUCAAGUCAACGUACCCGCAGCGCCGUCCUCGCAAAAUGUGGUGUAUCCCAACUUCCUGGGGAUCAGCUUCGAGCUCAGUUUUGUGAAUGAUUAUUUUGGAAAUGACACGUCGACCAUCCCUGCUACAGUCAUUAAUUACCUUUCCGCUCUGCGUUUGCGCACUGGCGCUGUGCCUUUGCGCAUCAGGAUAGGCGGAAACUCGAUGGAUAGUUCGGUUUAUGUAUCAACUCAGACUUCCCCCAUGGUUCAACACAUCCAAGGAGCUUUGAAUGCAAAUGACCAGUCAGUCAACUACGGUCCAGUUCUUUGGGAUGUCCUCAAUAAAAUUGCUGGAGAGGUUGGAGGCGCCAACUAUCUGAUUGGCCUGUCUCUCCUUGAUCCUAACAAUCCAAAUGUCCCGGUCGAGGCAGCCGCAGUGCAGGAGACAUUGGGCAAUAAUUUGGAUGGGUUUCUUUUAGGAAAUGAACCAGAUCUUUACACUUCUCACGGGGAUCGGCCAAACAUCCAAAACUACACGACGGAUAAUUAUAUCGACGAUUUUCGAACUGCCGCAAGCCACUUGACUAACACCUCGGCAGGUGACAUUUUAGCACGGCCUCUCUUGGGAGGUCCCACUAUAUGCUGUGCAUGGAAUCUUGAUGCUUUGUUAACGGGAGGAUAUUCUACCGCAUUUGAUGAUGUCCUGAAGUAUAUCUCUCUUCAGCACUACCCUCAAAACAACUGUUUUGGCAGCUACCAGUACGAGAUCCCUUACUACGUGCAACAUCCAAAUGUGGUCAAUCUUUCUGCUUGGGAGCAGCCGGGUAUCGACAUCGUUAACGCGAAUACUUCGUCGCGACGACCACAACUCAUUAUGACGGAAUUUAACUCGGCGUCGUGUGGAGGCAUCCCAGGAAUUUCCAACACAUUCGCUGUCGGUUCUCUCUGGACAGUAGAUUAUGCACUCCAACUGGCAUCAGUGGGGUACAGUGCAGCCUACAUCCAUACAAGGGAACAAGGGAUUUCAUACAACCUGUUUGACCCAAGCCCUGGAUCUUGGACUACCAAUCCUCCCUACUACGCCCUGCUGGCAGUGGCUGAAGCGCUACAAUCCAAAAAUGGCAGCAAAGUGGUGGACCUUGAUAUAAUGGGAUCGAGGACCGACUUGAAUGCCACCGUCAGCGGAUACGCCGUAUACGAUGCCAUCGACUCGAGUGUCCAACAAUUCGUUCUCUUCAACUAUUACAACGCAACUUCGACCUCUGCGCCCUCCGCUUCGUUCUCCCUUCCUUCCUCGUCGUUCAAGUCGGGCUCAAGCAAUGCUAUCACCGUGAAAUACCUGACUGCUGUCAGCAUGGCAGAAACCAUGAACAUUUCUUGCGGUGGUCAAACGCUCAGAGGUGUGGGGGAUGGAAAGCUUGUCAAAGCUGCGGAUUCGUGGGCCGCCGCUAAUGUGCAGAUCGACUGUACCAAGGGAUGCACUGUCAACGUCCCUGCACCUGGGAUGGCGGUCGUGUUUGCCGGUGCGGCACCAGUCCAGAAUAACGCAACCAACACCAACACUACCACUGGUGCUGCCAAACCGUCGAGCGACGCAACCAGCACAGUACUCGCUCUGUCUAUAGUACCGAUGGCAAAGAGCCUCGUUCCUCUUUGUGCAGCAGCCCUCUCGUUCUUCUUCAUUUGA